AUGUCGCGGGACUCGAAGAGCCCCUCGAUCAACUUUGAUACGGACAGUUCCGAUUCCGACAGCGAGCCAGAUCUGCCGCCAGCGCACACGCCCUCGCCACUUCUAGCGCCAACGCCGACAAUGGCCGAGCGUCUAAAGCGCGCGAAUGAAGAUCUCAACUCGAAUCCCUCGCCCCCAAGCUCAAGAAUAUCCAGAAUCGGCUUCAGAGAAGACAUGGAAGACGUCCUCGAAUUCGACGACAAUCCGUCUCCUCGAUCUCCUUCGCCUCAGCAAAACUCGACACCGCAACCGCCUCCCGCGACGAUUGUGAAAAGCCCCUCUCCAGAGCCACAAGUGGAACCACAGACAGCUCCACAGACAACGAGCGAGCCGCCAGUCGAAGAAGCGGCUGAUCUGGGCACAGGUGGGCGGUUUUUGACCGAAGUCAACGGCACAUUUCAAAUGGACUUUCAAGACGAAAAAGAGGAGGAAGAGGACGAAUUGCCAGAAGAUGAGAGUCCUAUUAAAUCUAAGCGGCACGAUCCAAUUCCAGAGUAUAAGUCGCCUUAUGGUCUGACAAAAGAACAAAAGAAACUCGGCCGUCAGCGUAAACUUGCUCAACACAGGAAGAAAGUCGCAGAAGAAGAGCUCGAGCAAGUGGAGCGCAGCGAAAAGCGGGAAGAGGCCGAACGCAGUUUCAAUGCCUGGCUCAAACAGAAGAAUCAGAUGAAUAAGAAGCUUAAGCCGAAAGAUGAUGUUAACUCGUCCAGAAUGAUGAAAGAGCAACUUUCAGAAGAAGAACGAAACGAUAUUUGGGAGGAGUGGAAAAGACAGAAGGCCCAAGAGAACCAUCGAAAACGUCUCGUCCAGCACCAACAAGAGAUUGAAAAAAUGGAAGGUCUGUACGUCAGGAGUCGACAAGAAAACGACAAGGCUUUCCGCAAGUGGGUUAAAAAGAAGGAAAAGGAAGAAAGAAUUCAGCAGGAAAUUCAUUACCGACAAGUUCAGAUUACGAAGGCGGCGACUCCGGAGGCGAAGAUCUUGCGAAGCUUGUGUCCUCGAUUCUACGGCGUGGUGGAAUCCAGCGAGCCCAACGCGGCGCAUUCCGCAUUCAUCAGAUUGGAGGAUCUGACACGUCCCUUCCGCGACCCGUGCAUUUGCGACAUUAAAAUGGGUCGCGUGACCUACGAUCCAGACGCCACUGAGGAGAAGAAGCGAAAAGAGUCUGUCAAAUAUCCACCUCUGGUGAACACUGGCUUCCAACUUCUAGGCUGCAGAAUCUCCAGUGAUUCCGGGUCAACGGCUCAAAAGCUUGACAAGAAGUGGGGACGAUCGUUGGACGAAGAUCAACUCGUCAACAUCGGCCUCGGCAAGUUUCUCUCUUCGGCGGGUCCCUACGAGCGCAACAUUUUAAUAAUCAAGGGAAUCCUGGAACGCCUGUUGCUAAUUCGUGAUUUCUUCGCCGCCCAGACGAGUUAUCGCUUUUACGCCUCCUCCUUGUUGAUAUUAUACGAAGGGUACUCUCCAGCAGAGCUUGGAAGUCAGGGAAGUUCGGAUUCGGAAGACGACCGCUGGAGGCCUGACAAACCCCGCGUGGAUGUUCGCAUGAUUGAUUUCGCACACGUUUGGGAUGGCGACGGUUGCAACUUAGACGAGAACUAUCUCUUUGGUCUGAACAAGCUGAUCUUGGCGUUUGAAUCGCUGCUGAUAGAGGGCACAGAUCCGCAAGGCUCGCCUAUUUAA